AUGCUUUUUGUUGUUAAGAGAGAUCCUGUUUUUAAAAGAAAAAAGGCAGUUUCUGAACGCAUAUCACCAGAAUAAAAAAGUAUUUCUUUGUUGCGAAAUCAUAGAAUUGAUAAAUGAUUAUGAAAUUUUUUCAUAUCUCAAGAAUGAAAGAAAUAAUCAUCCAGCUUCUUUUCAUGUUACUUCACUUCACUAAAUUCCUUUGAGUUAAAGAUCUUAGAAAUUUGUUACAUAAACAAUCAAAGAUGAUUUAGGAAAGCCAAAGAGUAUUGAUAAUAACUAAUAAAUAAAAAAGAAAAAAAAAAGUUAUUUUUAACUAAAAUUGGAGAGAUAUCAAAAAGAAGUAUAAGAAUAACAAUCAAAAAGAAAAUAAGAAUUAAUGAUUAAAUCUAAAAAUCUAUUAAAGAAAGAUCUCGAAGAUAUAUAGAAAAUGACUAAUAAAGGAGUUAGAGAAUUUGAGGAAAGAUGCAAUUUGUAUAGUAAAUAUUAUUCAGAAGAAUUGAUGACACCUACUGGAAUGUAAAUUUAAUUAUUUAAUUUGUUAGAAGAUAAGAAGACUUAAAUUUACCUACUUAUAAGUAUUCAACUAUUGAAAACUAGAACAAAUAUAAAGUACUUCUCAAAAAUUAACCAACUCCUUCACCACGAUUAACAUCAGAAUAAGAAUUUGAUUAAUACUAAACUAAUCCUGAUAAAAUUUAAUUGAUAAGUUCCUAACUGCAAAAACUAAAUAUCAAAGUAAAUUUAUCCAAUUAAUUUUUUCAAAGUUAAUAAAAAGACCAAAUGAUUAAGAAGAUCAAUUAUUUGAUGCAAUACUUAAAAAUGAUUCUUUUACAGUUAACAAAUUACUUAUGGAAAAUAAAAACUUAAUAAAUAUUAGAAACAGAGUAUUUUUUAAAUAAAACAUAUAAGAUUUAAGAAACUCCCUUGCAUUUAGCGUGUAAAAGGAACUUAAAAGAGAUUGUUGAAUUAUUGUUAAGACAUUAGGCAGAUGAAUCAUUAAAAGAUAUAUGGGGACAGACUCCUAGAUAAUUGACUUUGAAAUUUAGACAUUUAGAAAUUUUGAAGGUUUUAUCUUAUAAAUGA